GCCGCGGUCCCCACCCGGAUGCACGCCACAUGUGCUGCGUUCCGAUAUCGUCGCCGUCCGUGACAGAUGGGACGGUCACCGCCCGGGCAGGGGAGAAACCGUCACGACCGUCCGAUCCUUCUAUCUGCUCGAAUGGACGGAUCCGAUCCGGCCCACCGCGUGGUCGGGCAGAUCUCGCUGCCUUUAAGAGGCGGUGCCCCCCCGCUCUACCUCCUCGCCGAGCUGAGGGUUUCGUCCAUCCAAGAAACCCUCGCCAUCCAUCCCUCCCCCUCGCUCCCCCUCCUGCGUCCAGGGUGGCUCUCCUUCUUGGAUUGCGGCCAUCUCGUGGCGAAUAUUGGUCCUCUUCUAUGAUCCCCAAACCCCGGGCGGCCCCUUGUCGGAGCCGGCCCGCCGGAUCCCGGCUGAUCUAAGGGGCCGUGCAUGGCGUCCGCUCUCCUGGCCAGCCGGAAUGAGCCAUUCUGGGGAGAGAGAAAGGUUUAUAUGAGGAAAACCCCCAAGUCUAACCCUAACCGUAAACCCGGCACGAACCGUAACCCUAAUCCUAACGCCAGCGACCAUGCGUCGGAUCAUCCACGCCAGUUCCACCGGCUGGAGCCGGAGGAAGUGCCGGAGGCUGCCGCUGUGUCCGACGACUCGUCGUUUAAUCGGAAAUCCGUCGACGUCAACCAUCGGCGGGAUUCGACCGGCUAUAUCAUGUUCAACAUCUCGACCUACUCGAAGAGGGAGCUGAGGGAGCUCAAAAGGCGUCUGGUCUCGGAAUUGGAGCAGGUCCGGAGCCUGAGCAGCCGGAUCGAAUUCGGAGAGCUCCAGUCGUCGGCCAGAUCUGCCGGCUUCAGUGCAUCUGGGACCUACUGCGGCAGCCGUGAGGUCACCUCCUCGGCCGCGGGUGCCUUUCCUCAGAACCAUCCUGAUUCCUUCGCCAUCAAAUCCUCCGAUCUCUUCUCGGCGAAGGAGAGGGCGGCCUCCGGUAACAAGACCCUGCUGCCAGUGGUGCUUCCUAGGGAGCCGAAACGGCUGGCGGCAGCGCCGGAGUCGGAGAAGUUUCUCUCUGCGAUGAUGAAGAAGUGCGGCCAGAUCUUGACGAAGCUGAUGAAACACAAGAAGAGUAUGUGGUUUAAUUCCCCUGUGGAUGUGGUGGGCAUGGGCCUCCAUGACUACUUCCAGAUCAUAAAGCAACCUAUGGACCUUGGUACUGUGAGAUCUAAGCUGAGCAACGGUCUCUACCCGUCGCCGUUGGAAUUUGCAGCUGACAUCAGAUUGACCUUUAACAAUGCCCUUAUCUACAACCCAGAGGGCCAUGAGGUGCAUGAGCUCGCGGAUCAGUUCCUUCGCCUCUUUGAUGGUCUUUUUGGCCCUGCAUACGAGAAGUAUGAGAAGCAGCAGAGGGCCAUUGCGAGGGAGGAAGAGGAGAGGCAUAGGGUCUCUUCUUGGUCUCGCGCUCCUGUGGUUGAGAGUGCUGUGAGACCUGAGCCCGUUGAUCCUGUGAUCCUGCCGCCAGCUGCGACUCCAGCUCCAAUACUACCUCUGUUACAGGCACCACCUCCGGUUCAAGCUAAGCAGCCGCCUCUGCAUCCCUUGCAGUCACCACCUCCGGUUCAAGCUAAGCAGCCGCCUCUGCAUCCCUUGCAGUCACCCCAGCAGCAGUCGCAGCUGCCCCAGCAGCGUCCAGUUGUUGGUAGAGUGAUGAUGGGGAAGCAGCCAAAGCCAAAGGCUAAAGACCCAAACAAGAGGGCAAUGAGCUUUGAGGAGAAGAGGAAGCUGAGCCAGGGGCUCCAAAACCUUCCCCAGGAGAAGAUGGCUCAGGUUCUGCAGAUUGUGAGGAAGAGGAAUGUGGAUCCAGCACAGCAUGGAGAUGAGAUAGAGUUGGACAUUGAGAUGAUGGACACAGAGACCCUUUGGGAGCUUGAUCGGUUUCUUUGCAAUUGCAAGAAGAUGAUGAGCAAGAUAAAGCGGCAGGAGGCCAUGGCCAACCACCUUAUCUCUGCUGCUCCACCUGUUCCAACUGAGAACAUGGUUAUGGCCGAAAGUGGUGACAGGUCUCCAGUGGCGGAGACACCAGAGGCAGUGGCAGCAAAGAGGAGUAAGAAGGGGGAUGCAAUCGAGGAGGAUGUUGACAUUGGUGAUGAGAUGCCCUGCACCAAUUAUCCCUCGGUGGAGAUUGAGAAGGAUGCUGGUUAUGCCAGCAGCUCCACCAGCUCUGGCAGUGACUCUUCCUCAUCAAGUGAUUCGGACUCAGGGAGCUCGGAUAGUGAUUCCGAUGAAGAUGAUGCCCGGUCUCCUGCUGUAGGCUUGAGAUCUCCGAGAAACUAACAGGUUUAGUUGCUAGUGGAUGAGAAGCAUGUGAUAGGGCAUGGGUAGGAUACAGAGAUUUGAGGGCUUGUUGGGUUUUUCCCCCCUGGACAGGUGUGGUUUAGGUAGGAGUGGAUAGAUAGGGUGGGUAAUUGAUGGUACAGGUGUACCAUAUGUGUAAAAACAGAAACAAAGUUGGAAAGGUUACGUAGGGAAGCCUUCCGAAGGGUUUCUACUUGAAUUCCCCCUUUUGUUCGUUUAGGGCUUAUAGUUUUGGUUGAAUUGAUUAUGGGUUCUUUCAGGUGGAGGUAAUUUCGGUGUUGCGGUGGCUUUAUCCUGCUGAUAUGCGAUGCUGCAUCAUUAUGACCUGUUCUGGCUCUGGGCAUGGUGAAUAUAAUAUGGAUAUUUGUCAUAAUUGUGACUAACAGAUCUCUUUAGGUUCUAUCUUUUAUAUCAUUGGCUCAUAACCUCACAUCGAUCUCAUUGGUUCUUAUUUUAUUAUUUAUUUCAAAUAGAUCUCAUUGAAUUUCUGUC